UUAUAAAUAGUCAUUUAUAACAACAUUCGUUCAUUUAUAGUGGAUGAAGGCUGACUUCAACAUUGUGCAUUGAACUAAUUAUUUUGCUGAAAAUAAAUGCAUAUGAGGGCGAGGUAAUUAAUGACCAAUCUAAUUUGAAAGAAUUUCAAGUUGUUUCGGAGGUAUUGAGAAAGAAUUAUGACAACAGCGCAUUGUUAAGACCAUGUCUGUUAGAUAUGGUUGCCACCAGUGUGCACCACAUUCAAGUUGCAUGCUUGGAGCAGCGGGGUGAAGUGGUGUUUCAGAAGUGUCAGUCGGUGGUGGUUAGAGUUGUUUGAAGUGGUGACAGUGGCAUUCCAGUAAUAAUGUGAUGAAUUACCUAUUGUAGUGAUGUUCUGUUGCGAAUUCGAACGUGCAUAUGAAUCGGAGAACGAUGGAACAGUUUAGAGGGUUUGGAUAUUGUUGAUAAGUGAUAAGAUGAGCGAAAGGAAGUUCGCGAAAGGGCUCACCAAGCCAGGAACCGCGGCUCAGCUUCGUGAGACGGUUUCGCAGGUCGUCAGGGAAACAGCAGUUCAAAAUAAAUCCCAACUAGUCGAACCAUUAGAUUUUGAAGAUUUUAUAUUAAAGAAUAAAACUGUUCUGCAGAAUGAUCCUCAAAGAGAGCUGUUGAUAUAUCCACAAGACGACAUAAUUCAAGUAGUUUUACCGAAACGAUUUAGAUCAUUAUCCCAGAAUGUGCCAAAUACAAGCGACUGUAAUUUAUUUACAAGACAAUGCGUGGCGUCAUAUGCAAACAACUGGCAUAUGGUGCAUUACAAAUAUGACAAUUAUUCCGGUAGUUAUUCUGGUCUUCCGAAAGUUAGACCAUUAUCGACGGAACUCAAGGAGGAUACCUUCGAAGUGGAUCUAGAUCUUGAUGGUGGCGAUGAUUUGAAAAAGUCAGUGGAGGGCAUUACCAAAGAAGGGUUCUUGAUGAAAGGACCAGAGAUCGGGUCCGAUAGAAUGUUUGUGAAUAUUGGUUCAAAAACAUUUAAACGACGAUAUUGCUACUUAAGGCAAGAAAUCGACGGCACACAUAUGCUAGAAUUGUAUAAAGACGAGAAGAAAGGCGAAGCAAAAAUAACAAUUGUCAUGGAUUUCUGUACAGACGUUGUUAAAAAUUUAAAACGAGGUCGUUUCUGUUUCGAACUGAGAAUGACUGCCGGUCACAAGUCCUACAUACUGGCAGCGGAAAAUGAAAAUGAUUACAAAGAUUGGCUUACAAAGCUGAGUUCUGUUAUUCAGCAAAAUAAGAUACAAGAAGAAAAGCGAGCAGCGUCACUCGAAAGAGAACGUACAUCACCGCCUCCGCAAGUACAACCUUUUGGAACUCUGAAAGGCUUAGAACAUAGUCUUAAUCCUCAAUUGACAAAGUACGCUCGGGAGACUGAUACCAGCAUAGCGCAUAUGAGAAAGGAAAGUCGCCAAAAGUUAUUACCCCUAUGUCCUCAAGUUUACACAACAUUAAAACUACAAUCAUCUAGUCAAGAAUCUUCCGUGGAGCCAUAUAAAGAAAUGUUCGGACAACGGGUUCUCAUCAAAUGUGAUAGUUUACGAUUCCGCCUACAAGUAUCUCAUGAUGACGAAAAUUUAAGUCAAAUUGAACCGUACUAUACAACCCUCUGUUUAUAUGAUGCAAGAAAUUUGAAGAAACUCACAGAGAAUUUCCAUUUUGAUUUAAAUGGGGAUACAGCGAGAGCAAUGGUGGCCUAUAGUCAGACGCCCACUGACACAACACCCGACAUUGAUUUAUCAGAGAAACUGGCUGACUGGAUAAAAUAUCCCAAGAAGGCCGUCUUUUCUGUUAUGAAUCCUCAUUGUGAUAUUUUUAUAGUUGUUAAGAUCGAGAAAGUCUUGCAGGGCGGUAUAUGUCAAGCCUCGGAACCGUACAUUAAGAACGCCAAAGAUCCAAAAGGGAAUAUGAAAGUUUUUAAAAGUAUAUCUACUUAUUGCCAGAGGUUGGGUAGCUACAGACAACCUUUCGCAUGGGCAGCAAAGCCGUUGUUCAGAUUGUAUAGUAACGAUUUGGAUACGUCUACCGAUUUUCCGGCAAUUUUCCGACAGGAGAAUAAUAAAAUAACCGACGAAGAGCUACUCAAAUUAUUGUCUGAAUACAGAAAACCAGAUAAGUUUAGUAAAUUAACUGUGAUACCAGGCACCCUGAAAAUACAAAUUGAACCUAUGACAGAUAUGCCCAACAAUUGUCUGACGAGUUCUUUGGUUCCCAUAAAACCUUUUCCGAUUCCACCAACUGUUGAACCAACAAUCGAGGUUAUGGAAUUUGAAGGUUCUUCAGAAAAAGAGGUUUAUCCAUAUACGAACUUUGUGAAUCAUUUAUACGUUUACCCACAAAUGUUGAACUUCGAUACGCAGAAGUUAUUUACUAGAGCAAGGAAUAUCGCAUGCCUUGUAGAACUUAGAGACUCCGAUGGAGAAGAAGCCAAAGGAAUUCAAUGUAUUUAUGGUAGACCCGGAAAUGCUCUUUUGGUCAACCAAGUUUCAUGCGCAGUUUUACAUCACAGUACCACGCCUUGUUGGUACGAAGAAAUUAAAGUACGAUUACCAAUAAAUCUGACGGCCAAUCACCAUCUACUAUUCACAUUUUAUCAUGUAUCGUGUGAUAUAUCAAAGAAAAAAGAUACCGUGGAAAGUUCAGUUGGGUUUGCGUGGUUACCAUUGCUUCAGAAAGGAAAACUUUCUACAGAAAUGCAAACAAUUCCGGUUGCCAGUCAUCUUCCUCCAGGAUAUUUAAGUGUUCAUCCAUUUGGCUUGGGAAAAGGGAAUGCAGGUCCCGAAAUUAAUUGGAUUGAUUCGCAGAAACCAAUUUUUACAGUCUCAUUUAAUUUAAUAUCAACUGUGAACACGAAAGAUCAGCAUUUGUUUAAUCUUUUUAUACACGCAGAGAAGGUUUUGACUCCUAAACCAACGACAUUAUCAACUGAAAAGGAAAUAUGCAAAAUAAUUAAAGCACUACAUGCAGUACAAUUAACAACAUUGAUUACGUAUCUGCCAACACUUAUUAAUCAGCUUUUCAUAUUACUCGUGGGGACUAGUAAUGUUGAUAUUGGUUUAAACGUAAUCCGUGUUUUGAUUAACUUGAUAAAUAUGAUUUACGAAGCUGGGAGAAAGGACGUGCUUUUAUCAUAUGUGAAGUAUGUGUUUGUAACGCCGGAAGGAAGAAAAGGUGCAACAGUGCAUGAAGAAAUGUGCAAAUUUCUACCAAGCAUAUUAGAUCCAAAUAACACAGACUUUUUGGUUAUCAAUAAAUUUAUGAAACAUUCAGAAUUUUUCUUUCAAAUUGUAAUAAAAAGCAUGGCACAACAUUUAUUAAACACUGGACGAAUUAAAAUGCAUAGACACGAAAGGUUUCCUUCGGAAUAUCUUAAAAAUAUUGAGAUAUUGUCGGAAGUAUUGAUAGGAUAUAUAUUGAGCAAACAUAAGGAUAUGCCUUCAGAAACAACUGAGUUGAAUAAAGGUUUUGCUCACUUUUUAACGAAAUGUUUAACUCUCAUGGACAGAGGUUUUGUUUUUAAGCUAAUCAAUUCUUAUUUACAAAAAUUUCAACCUGGAGACGCUCGUUCGCUUCAAGAAUGCAAAUUUAUAUUCUUCGAAAUUCUAUGUGGUCAUGAACACUUCGUCAUAUUGAAUUUACCGAUAAGUCAUUCAAGGAUAAGUCCGAAGAAUCGUUCGCCUGACUUCAUACAAGAAUUUGCCCUAUCCGAAGAAUUUUGUAGACAUCAUUAUAUGGUUUCUAUGCUACUGCAAGAAGUCAGAAGUUCCUUGAACGAAAUAUCUCAUAUUCGAAAGAUAGCUUUGAAUGUGUUGAGAAAUCUCGUGGCAAAACACGAAUUGGACGAUAGGUACGACAAUAAAGGAAAGAUGUCCAGAAUUGCAUUGUUAUAUGUACCGUGGUUGAGUAUUGUUUUGGAUAACAUUAACAGAUUGUUGCCGGAUGAUAAAAUUGAUGAUGCAGCGACGAAUGGGAUUUCUAACAGGAUGUCUUCGUCGAGCAGUUACAUGUUAGCUAAGAGUUCUGUAAGCGAUACCCCGAGCAGACAUAGAUUUACAUUACAUUUUUCUGAUAGUCCCAUACAUAUAAGGAACUCUGCGUUCUUCGAUGCAAUUGCAGGCCAAUCAAUAGUUAAUGGUCAUAGCUCAAUGAGUUUGGAGUCUGAUUUAUCGACAAUGUCUGGAGACAAUAAUUCUGUCACAUCGCAGGAAACGACAAUAAUUAGGGACGAUACAUUGAAGAACGGCGAUUUGAAAACUCAUCGACGUGGAUUGAGUAUUACCCAAUCAACGCAAAUCCACAGGUAUGACAAACUUCAUCAAAGCGAAAGUAAAGAUAUCUUCCUAGUUUUCCUUUUUGUCGUUAAAUAUAUGGGAGAUGAUCAGUUAUUAUCCUGGUGGCAAAAGUCCACUGACGCCGACGUUGUUGGCUUCUUUUCAGUAUUGGAACUAGCGUUAGGUUAUUUCAAAUAUAUCGGCAAACGAAAUAUAGUGUUAGUGAAAAGCCAAUCCGUGUCAUCUGUAAAAUCGAAAUCAACGAAAGCCCAUACAUUGCCAGCACGUAUGAAUCCAUCGGAAAUUAAUCAUGAGAACACCGGAACUUUGGUAAUUCACACAAGAGAUAACCGAGAGAAUCUAAUUAAUAGCGAAGAUGAAUGUGUUCGCAAUCAGCAAGCUUGCUUGGAACAACACCUAACAACAGAAAUAGGACUUGUUAUCUUGGAUUGUAUGGGUCUUUACUGCAUACAUUUUCGUUCCAAUUUACUGCAGUCUGAAGGAGAUAAUGCAAUAAUGCGCAAAAUCUUUGAUAUAUACCUUACAUUCAUAGAACUUGGACAAGGAGAAAGAUUAUAUAAACACGUAUUUGCAGCUCUGCGUGCUUUUAUAAACAACUACUCGAUGAUAUUGUUUAAAGGAAACGCUGUGCUUUGUGGCAAGUUAUGUUACGAACUUCUAAGAUGUUGCAACAGUCGAUUAGCAUCGGUUAGACAAGAAGCAUGUGCUAUUUUAUAUUUAUUAAUGCGUUCCAAUUUCGAAUUCACCGGAAGGAAAGGUCUGACUAGAGUACAUCUUCAAGUUAUCAUUUCCGUUUCCCAGAUAUUGGGUAAUGUGAUUGGUUUGAAUAACGCUCGAUUCCAAGAGAGUAUAUCAAUAGUAAAUAGUUACGCAACUAGCGAUAAAGCUAUGAAAGGAACAGGAUUUCCUGUCGAAGUUAAAGAUUUAACGAAGAGAAUACGUACCGUUUUAAUGGCUACUGUUCAAAUGAAGGAGCACCAUCAUGAUCCUGAGAUGCUGGUAGAUCUUCAACAUAGUUUGGCAAAUUCUUAUGCUUCGACUCCCGAACUUCGGCAUACAUGGUUGGAAAAUAUGACUAAAAACCAUUUGAGGGAUGGAAACUUCUCUGAGGCUGCUUGCUGUCAGCUGCACAUAGCUGCUUUGAUGGCGGAAUAUUUAAAACUAAAAAAAACACAAAACUGGGGCGCAGAAGUAUUCAGUAAGAUCUCUUCGAAUAUCGCCAGAGACGAAAGAGGUAUAAAAUAUGAUGUCGGAGUUCAGGAUGUUCAAUAUUCAGAUUAUACACUUCUGCAAAAAUUGGAGACGUGUGCAGAAUAUAUUGAUAAAGCUGAAAGAUACGAAUUAUUAGGUGAAUUGUAUAAGUUAAUAAUUCCUAUCUAUGAAGAAAAACGAAAUUACCAACUAUUAAAAGAGUGCUACGAGCAUUUGGCUAUCAACUAUGGAAAAGUAGUUGAUGCAAAUAAAUCAGGUAAACGUCUGCUCGGGCGAUUCUAUCGAGUAGGAUUUUACGGAAACGCCUAUUUCGAAGAAGAAAGCGGAGUGGAAUACAUUUAUAAAGAGCCAAAAGUUACUGCGUUAAGUGAAAUUUCUGAUAGGUUGUAUAAACAGUAUUGCCAAAAAUACCGACAAGAGGUUGUGAAAAUGAUACAAGAUUCAAUACCAAUUAAUCAAAGUGAUUUGGAUCAAAAAUUCGUUUAUAUACAAGUUACUCAUGUUACUCCAUAUUUUGAUAAGAAUGUUUUGGAUGAGCGCCAAACCGAUUUUGAACAAAAUCACGAUGUAAGUUCCUUUAUGUUUGAAACACCAUUUACUAAAGACGGAAAGGCGAGGGGAAGUCCCGAAGAUCAAUGGAAACGAAGAACAAUGCUGACAACGGAAUACUCGUUUCCUUAUGUAAAGAAAAGGAUACGUGUUGUAUCAAAACGAAGUAUUGAAUUGAGUCCUAUUGAAGUUGCAAUAGAUGAAAUGAGGAACCGUGUUUCGGAAUUAGAGGAUGUCGUAUUUUCACAAACCACGGAUGUAAAGAAAUUGCAAUUAGUGUUGCAAGGAAGUAUUUGCGUUCAAGUUAACGCAGGACCUUUGACAUACGCAUCUGUGUUCCUCGAUCCCGCACUCUCUAAUCUCUAUCCAGAUGAUAAAGUAGAAGAAUUGAAAGAUAUUUACAGGGAAUUUUUAAAGAUUUGUUAUUCAGCUCUACAAAUCAAUAGUAAAAUCAUUAGUCAAAACCAGGUGGAAUAUCAAGAGGCGUUGCGUGAAAACUACAAGAAGUUGUGCUCGUCUCUGUCUGAACUAUUCGGAGAGCCGUUGUGGCCUCACGAGGAAACCGGCAGUUUCAAACGAAACAGUACUGCCCUAUUUAGUGCAAUUAGUGGAACAUCACAAAACUCAAGUACCGCUUAAAAGUCUAAUUACAAAAUAAACAAACAGCGAAGGUAUGUAAAAUAAUUGUAAAUA